CGCACCAAGGGUCUGGCGGAGGGCUGGGCUGGGUCGGAGAAGGCUAGGCACAGGUGGUGGGGCCCCACUCCUUUUAUGGGGUAGGCCACGAGUAACCAGCAUAUGGCACGAUGGAGGAUAGCUGGUUGCGGACGUGGGCCGAGUCAGCUCCGUCCCCUGCGGCGGCCCAACAGUCUCCACAAUACGACCCCACAUCAGCAGGGCCGCUCCCGCCAGCCAGCCGCGGGCGUGGUGGGACCAGAAAUUCCCGUAGUGCCUCUGGCGGUGGUCACUGCGAAUCGGGAAACGACCGCCUACUGCGGCGGGUGCCAGCGCGCACCCGCGCGCACCUUACGGCAUUUUUUGCAAUGAACACCUCGAACCCCGGACGAUCGACGAGGGUCCUCAUCGGAGAGCGCAUCCGGGAUCUUACCGCUAGAGGUGGUGGUGGCACGGUAGGGACACUGUGGUGGUAUAUCCUACAACAUACUGGCUGUCCCACGUCCUCUUGGGGGUGGUAUGUGGUGGGUGGUGGGUGGGUGAUGGGAUGGUGUCUCCACCUUCCCCGUGCGUCUCCCCACGGUGACGUCCCACCGCAAGCGCCCCAGUGCGAUCCUCGCGGUAACUUUCCGCCUGCCAGCCCCACCUCUUCGCUGGCCACGCUUAUGCGAUCUCGGAGGGGUACCCACAAUAGCGCCUGGGCAACCACGGGUCUAGACGAGCCCACCGUGACCGUGCCGUGCCUGGCAAGGUCACCUAGUCGUAUUACAACCCAUUAAAACAAACCGUUUUCCAGGGUAUUGCUGUAAAGGUUCGCUUGGCCUCCCACGCCAUAUUCAAACUGC